UAAACACGUGUUAUUCUGCUUAAAUGGGUUCUUUCUGUUAAGUGGAAUUAUAUUUUUAAGGCUCUAUUAUUAUUAUUAUUAUUAUUAUUAUUAUUAUUAUUAUUAUUAUUAUUAUUAUUUGUUGCACAAAAUUCAAAAGUGAAAGUAAAGCUUCAGCUGAGGUCGGCGGGUUUCUUUUUUGUGUUGACAGUCUUUCACUUAGCAGGCUACUGUAUAAGGUUUGAUUUGCCUUUUUACUGUAUUAAAAAAAAUAACGUACAGGAAAGGUAUAUAUAUAUAAAAUACUAGAAAUGACAGAGUUUCUGGGUUUGUUGUAUCAGAUUUCUGGGAGCCUAGAUUCAGAAAACCUAAAAAACUUGAAGUUCCUGUGCGGAGAUGACAUCAGAAAAAAAGAGCUGGAAAAAAUUUCAAGUGGGACUGAUCUGUUCAAAAAUCUGAUGGAAAAGGGGAAGAUCUCUGCAGACAAUACCGGGUUUCUUCGUUUACUCCUGACUAAUAUUAAAAGGGAAGACCUUUUACAAAAGUUGGACAACUUUGAAAAGUACGGAUCCGGUCAGCAGGAUGAUCUACCCGAUGCCGCGGAAAGAGAACGUCUGGAAACUGCAUUUGAAGUAAUUUGUGACAACCUGGGAAAACCGUGGAAAAUGUUUGCCCGAAAGAUCGGUGUUUCUGAUGCCAAACUAGACCAAAUCCAGGACAGCCACCCUCGUGACAUGAGAGAGCAGAUCAGGCAGGUUUUGAAGACAUGGCAGAAAGUGCGAGGAAAGGAUGCCCGCGCUGCAGAGUUAGUAGUGAAGCUGCGGGAUUGCAAGCUGAACCUGGUGGCUGAUAACGUAGACGAACGACUGAGAACAAUGUAGAAGUGAUUCUGUUUAUUGAACUGGAAUUUCCAAUGGGAUCAGUUCAAUUCUCCUUUCUGUUGUGUAGUGGGGCUGAUUAGUUUUCUUUUUUCUUAUGAACUAACAGAUGGUUUUAAUUUGUAAACCCAGCCUGUGGUUGCAGUGCUUGUUUGCUAUGAUGCAGCUUUUAUGGGAAACUGGUUGAUUUUCGAAUAAGACAUCCUCACUUGUGUGGCUUCGUUAUCUACAUAAAUGCCCACAUAUCUUAAUGCCCACCUUGCAGCAGGCACCAUAAACUGGUUCAUUCGUCAUAGGAUUCGCCAUGGGCCAAAUGCUUAGGAUUAACUCUAAAUCAUGAACAGGCACAUAUCUGAAAAUUGUGACCCAACGUCCCCUUCGUUCCUAAAGCUGUUCAUGUAUAGUAUAUAAUUUAAGAGCAACAAAUCUGCUAUUUCAGAAAUAAGACAUCCACUUAGUAGUAAAAAUAACAGUUUAUUGUUUGUGAAAGACAUGCCUGAUGGCACAUGAACAAUUGGCA